AAUGAGACUACGGGCUGUGCCUCCGCCAAGCAUGUUGCCACUGUUCAAAAUGAAGAGGAAGCCCAGAAAGGGAAGAACUACCAGAACGGAGAUGUGUUUGGUGAUGAGUAUAGGAUCAAACCAGUGGAAGGGGUCAAAUACGUGAAAAAUGGGGCAGAAGAGGAGCAGAAAAUAGCAGCCAGGAACCAAGAAAACUUGGAAAAAAGUGCCAGUUCAAAUGUAAGACUUAAAACCAAUAAAGAGAUUCCAGGAUUAGUUCAUCAACCCAGAGCAAACAUGCACAUCUCUGAAAGCCAACAAGAAUUCUUCAGAAUGCUGGAUGAAAAAAUUGAAAACGGUGGAGAUUACUGUUCGGAAGAAGAAGAUAUCACACAGCACCAAUCCUACCACUCAAACCAGGAGCUACUACUGUGUAAAUAGGUUACACCCCAGUUGAAAUCUUUGCAAAGGUUGGUUCUCUUCAGUGAACAGCACUAUAGCAAAAGAAGAUCAUUCCAUAUGGUAUGCCCCAUUAAAUUACAGUGUUUCUUAAUGAACUUGCAAAGAAAUAUUACUAAAAACAAACAAAAACUGUUAUCUAACUUUCUUUGUUGCUGCUAGUUAAAACUUGUUGCAACUUUUCACUUCUCUCAGUGUCCAGGUCUGCAGCAAAAUUCUGCAAUUUCACCUUAAAGAUACUGUUGGUUUUACAGAUGCUCUCCAACCUGUUUUCUAAAAGAU